UGUUUUUAAAUUCACGUAGAGCAGAAAUUUUGUUGCAGUUCUAAAUACGUUUGGUUUGGUUCGGUUGAUUGUUAAACGUGUCGUUGUCGCGCCAAUGCAUAUUGACCAUCGCCCAUUGACACACCGAGUGCGCGGCAACCCUGUCCCUACCAUACAUAUCUGUUAACCAACACUGAACGUCUGCAGCAGAACACGGCAGACAGCAACAAUUGCCAUAUAACAGCAUCAAUUGACAGCGUGGGAGUCUGCAAGAGCUGCAAUACUCUAAACAACAACAAUUGACAUUUAACAACAACAAUACCGACGGCCAACGUGAGCGUGUGCGUUCCCCUGGGUGUGUGCGUGCGUGUGAGAUUGGAAGACAAUGGCUGCAGCUGCGGAUCUGGUUGUUCCUACCCUUGCCAUUCGCUCUAGCGUGGCCGUGGAGUUGUGGUCGUCGGCGGGCUCCAAGCAGCCGUACGAGCACAAGGCCCACUUGCCGCGCGAGGAGACGAAGAGCUCCCGCUCGAUCUGCUUCAGCCCCGACGGCCGGUACUUUGCGUACUCCAACGGUCAGGCGGUCAAGGUGCUCGAGGCGAGCAGGGAUAGCGCUGCCAGCUGGCCAGUGGUUGCCACGCUGCCCCGGCCGAAGGCCUUCUACCUCAACUUCUCGCCACGUGGCCGAUAUCUGUGCACCUGGGAGAACUAUACCAUCACCAAGGACCGGCCGGAGGGAUCGCCCAAUCUGUUAGUCUACGAGGUUGCCACCGGCGAAGAAGUCUUUGCCGUAGUACAGAAGAACCAGACUGACUGGCAGCCGUCAUGGUCAUCGGACGAGUCCAUCUUUGCCCUGGUUGUUGGCGGCGAGGCGCUGUUCUACGAUCUGGGAGAGGGAGCAGAGAAGGGAUUCGCAGGCACCUCGCGUAAAAUCGGUGGCAGUCGCGGCGGUAUGCUUUCACUGGGACCCGGCAGCUGUCCACCCUUUCUGGCCUUCUACACCCCGGGCGCCAAGGGUGCUCCGUCCAUGUGCAAGCUGUACAAAUACCCGGCUCUGGGCCAGAACCAGACGGUUGCGUGCAAGAGCUUCUUCCAGGCCGACCGAGUCGAGAUGCUGUGGAACAAGCGGGGAAGCGGUCUUCUGCUGCUGACCAGCACGGAGGUGGAUAAGAGCGGAGCCUCCUAUUACGGCAACCAGGCGGUGCAUUUUAUGGCCACCAAGGGCGACACUUGCUCCGUGCCCCUCUCCAAGGAGGGCCCGGUGCAUUGUGUCAAGUGGAGUCCCAAGGCAAAUGAGUUUGUGGUCGUCUACGGGUUCAUGCCCUCCAAGGCGGCCCUCUACAAUCUCAAGUGCGAUGUGGUCUUCGAUUUCGGCGAGGGACCGCGCAACUGCGCCUACUUCAAUCCGUUUGGCACUCUCAUAGUCCUGGCCGGCUUUGGUAAUCUUCCAGGAGCCGUCGAGGUUUGGGAUGUGGCCAAACGCGAGAAGUUGGCGAAUCUCAAGUGCGCCGACACCACGGUCUUUGAGUGGCAUCCCAAUGGCGAGUGGUUCAUCACUGCCACCACGGCGCCCAGACUACGGAUCAGUAAUGGAUUCAAAGUUUAUCACUACUCUGGAGCUCUUCUUCACGAGACCAUGUGGCCGCAGGGCCAGGAGCUGUUGGGCAUCGAGUGGCAGCAAUUCCCAGACAAGACCUUUAGCGAGCCAAAGAUCACCAAGGCCAAGCACGAGGGCAUCAAGUCCAGCCAACCAGAGGCCAGCAAGAAGGCCUACACACCGCCCCAUCUGCGGCUGCUGAAGGAGGGAAAGAAUCCGGAACAGUAUCUGCCCCAACCGAGCGUUCCCGGACUGGCUCCAUCAGCAGCAGGUGGUGCCAACAAUAAAAGGAACAACAAGAACAAGCCCCGGGGCCCCAAAAAGGAUGUCGUCAAUGUGGUGAAUGGCGGUGAUGCGGACUCUACACCUGCAGAGGUAGCGCCAGCAGGUGCUGCUGUGCCGCCAGGUGGUGGUGUCCAGCAAACGCCGCCAGUAACAGUGCCAGAGGCUGGGGAGGAGCAGCAACAGCAGCAGCAGCGUAAGCAUCAGUCGCAGCACAACACUCCCCGACCGAGAUACCAGCCCCAGGAGAACGCGGCUGAUCAGCCACGAAACCAGGGCCAACAGUAUCCCCAGGGACAGGCUAAUGGCCAGAAUAUCAGCGAGAAGGAACGAAAGAUUCGCAGCGUUGCCAAGAAGCUGUCGGACAUCAAGAAGCUGAAGCUGCGCCGCAACCAGGGCGAGAACCUGGAGCUGAACCAACUAAACAAGAUUAAGAUGGAAGCACGGUACCUGGACGAGCUCAAGGCUCUCAAGUUGUCUGCCUAGGGGGGACGGGAGACACAAUGUUAACCAAAAGCAUAGCGAUAACGAAGACGACUACGACGAAGAUGACGAUGGCGAUGGCGGCGAAGAGAAGAGAGCGAGAGAGGAGAGUAAUUCCUCUUGUAAUUGUGAUACACACCACCUCUUCUCUGCUCCACUCUACAACUUCACCACCUCUGUCCCCGUCCCCUUUUCUGCUGUCUUACGCUCAUUUUUUGCGGUGCCCAAAUUUGCCGCAAAACAAACAUGGUUCUAGUUAAAAACAUUUUUCUACUAUUUGUGAUUUCUUUACAUACAUUUUGGCAAAAACAAACAACAUCUUCCCAAACAAACAACAAAUUUAUGUACCAAAUUGUGCUACCAAGUAAAUAAAAGGUGUUUCCAAAAAGA